AUGGUUAGGAGGAUGAGAUCAGUCAUGCCAGGUCUAGUUGGGGAGACUCAGAGCACAUUUGUAAAGGGUCAAAAAAUACAUGAUGGGGCUCUUAUUGCAUGCGAAACAGUGCACUGGUUAAAGACGAGAAAGAAGAAAGUGGCAAUCAUUAAAUUAGACUUUCAGAAGACUUAUGACCUGGUAAAAUGGAGUUUUGUGGAUAUUGUGCUACAGAAGAUGGGCUUUGGUUGGAGAUGGAGGGAAUUGGUGAAGGAGUGUGUUAGUUCAGCAUCUAUGUCAAUCUUGAUAAAUGACUCACCAUCUAAACCUUUUAAGAUGGAGAGGGGCUUGAGACAAGGUGAUCAACCAUCUCUAUUUUUGUUUGUUCUGGUUGUCGAUGUUCUGCAUAAGAUGGUAAGGGAGGCAGUUAGGAACAAACAUAUUUUGUCACUGCUAAUUGGAAACGACAAUAUAGAGUUAUCACACCUACACUUUGCAGAUGACACUAUAUUGUUCUGA